AUGGCCUCCAGCAAGGUGUUCUCCUCCCGCACCACGCAGACGGACUCCCACCCCCUCCUGCGGCCCGGCGGGAGUCGCCAGCGCCGGCGGGUGCUGACCAAGGACGGGCACAGCAACGUCCGCAUCGAGCACGUGCGGGACUGGCGCUUCCUCUACCUGAAGGACCUGUGGACCACCUUCAUCGACCUCAAGUGGCGCUACAAGCUGGCGCUGUUCUCCGCCACCUUCGCCGGCACCUGGUUCCUCUUCGGCCUGGCCUGGUACCUGGUGGCGCUGGCCCAUGGGGACCUGCCGGCGCCCCUGCCCCCCGGCGCCAACCACACCCUGUGCGUGGCCAACAUGCAGAGCCUGACGGCCGCCUUCCUGUUCUCGCUGGAGUCGCAGACCACCAUCGGCUACGGCUUCCGCUACAUCUCGGAGGAGUGCCCGCUGGCCAUCGUGCUGCUCAUCGGGCAGCUCAUCGCCACCAGCCUGCUGGAGGUCUUCGUCACCGGCACUUUCCUGGCCAAGAUCGCCCGGCCCAAGAAGCGGGCGGGCACCGUGCGCUUCAGCCACCACGCCGUGGUCUCCUCGCGCGACGGGAGGCUCUCCUUGAUGAUCCGGGUGGCCAACAUGCGCACCAGCCUGCUGCUGGGGUGCCAGGUGACCGGCAAGCUCCUGCGGGCGCAGCGGGCCGCCGAGGGCGAGAGCUUCCGGCUCCAGCAGCUCAACGUGGACUUCCACGUGGACGCGGGCACCGACAGCCCCUUCCUCAUCCUGCCCCUCACCUUCUACCACCUCAUCGACGAGGCCAGCCCCUUCUGCCGGGCGGCGGCGGCGCCCGGCCGCGACCAGGACUUCGAGCUGGUGGUCAUCCUCAGCGGCACGGUGGAGUCCACCAGCGCCCUGUGCCAGGUGCGCACCUCCUACCUGCCCGAGGAGAUCCUCUGGGGCUACGAGUUCUGCCCUGCCAUCUCCCUGUCGCCGGGCGGCAAAUACGUAGCCGACUUCGCCACCUUCGACCGGGUGGCCAAGGUGGCUGGGACGGAGACCCUCCGGCCUGGAAGCGGCGCCGGGCUAGGCCUCAUCCCCGACCCACCAGGCCUCAUCCCCGACCCACCAGGCCUCUCGGUGCAAGGUUGGGGUCUCCCGCUCCCUCGGAGGGCAGGCCGAGCUGAGCUGGGGCCCCGCUCCCGAGUCUGGCCUGCACUCCUCACGUCCUCCCUCCUG